UAUAUUUCUUCACUGCCCCGAAAAACGGAAAGUAGGGAUGACCCUGAACCCUAACUUCCAGAGAAUAUGACUAUCAAGGAAGAAUCUAUGCGAGACGCCAUUCACAUCCUUGAAGCAAUGAGAUCGAGGGUUAGUAGCAGCUCCCCGAAAAGGAAGAAUCCACGGAAGAUACGGAUGAGCAUGAAACAUGGGAGCAUCGUGGUGGAACCCCCAUCUCACACGAGUGUCUCUCGCUCAGGGUCAGAAAGGGUAUUCUGCGUGGUAAUUGUUGGCUUUGGCUCAAUCUUGGUCACUGUCCAUGUGAUUAUUAUGCUCUACAUGCACAUGAAGCUUCAGGCGUUGCGCAGUAUGAUGGUCAAAGGAAACACUGCAUCCCCGGUUCUGACCGUGGGCUAAUCCUAGGACACCAGGGGAACGCCCG